CCCGGGAUGCGAUCUCGAACACGCGAUAUCGCAUACAUCGCGUCGGCAGCGCGCAGCUAGCUAGCCGCUAACGUAAACGUCUCGACAACUUUGCUCCUCCAGCGAUCAAACAAUUCUUUUUUCUCGGAACAAAGUUCAGAAUCCAAAGUUACUACAAUGGACAGGCAGGAUGAUACCAACGCUAAGGUCAUGUGGACUCCUGAUCGCAAAAAACGGACAAAUAUGGAUGCAUUUCGUCAAGAAGUGAAUCAAAAUUACAACUUGAAACUCGAAACGUAUGAUGAACUAUGGAGAUGGUCUACUGAGAAUUACGCAGAUUUCUGGGAGGCUUGUUGGAAGUUUGUUGACAUUGUCCAUUCCAAAAGUUAUGAUCAGGUUGUAGACAGAGAGAAGAAUAUUUCUGACAUUCCAGAAUGGUUCGCAGGCAGUAGACUCAACUUUGCUGAGAAUCUGCUGCGCUACACAGAUGAGAGAGUGGCUCUCUAUGAAGCAGCUGAGGGCAAGCAGGGAGUGGAAUGCAUCACCUACAAGCAGCUGAGGGACAAAGUGGCCAUCUUGGCUGCAGCCAUGAAACACAUGGGCAUCAAUGCUGGCGAUAGAGUCGUAGGUUACAUCCCUAAUUGUGCCGUUGCCAUAGAAGCGAUGCUAGCUGCUGCCAGCAUCGGAGCUAUAUGGAGCUCAACAUCACCUGACUUUGGCAUCAUGGGUGUGCUAGACCGUUUCAAGCAGAUCCAACCCAAACUCAUCUUCUCGGUAGAUGCCGUCGUCUACAACGGCAAGGCGCAUUCGCACGACAAGAAACUGCAGCAAGUGGUCAUGGGACUGCCGGAGCUCGAGAGAGUGGUGGUCAUCCCGUACGUCAAGAAAGAGACGGAAAUAGACAUCUCCAACAUUCCCAACAGUGUAUUCCUAUCUGAGUUCCUGGCAUCAGGCCUAGUAGCCGACAGUGGCGAUGUACCCCAACUGGAAUUUGAACAGCUACCCUUCAACCACCCUCUCUACAUCAUGUAUUCAUCUGGAACGACCGGCGCUCCUAAGUGUAUGGUGCACUCCGCAGGGGGAACUCUGAUCCAGCAUCUGAAAGAACACAUUCUCCAUGGCAACAUGACAAGGAAAGAUAAUAUUAUUUACUACACAACAACGGGUUGGAUGAUGUGGAAUUGGUUAGUAUCUGCCUUGGCCGUGGGUAGCGGGGUGGUGCUGUAUGAUGGCUCCCCACUGGUUCCCUCACCCGAUGUGCUCUGGGAUUUGGUCGACCAAUUGGAAAUCAGCAUUCUUGGGACCGGUGCCAAGUGGCUGUCAGUGUUGAAUGAGAAAGGAGUCCACCCUGGCAGCACACACAAGCUGACCUCCCUACACACCAUCCUUUCUACGGGCUCACCACUGACUCCAAAUUCUUAUGACUAUGUCUACUCCAAGAUCAAGGCUGAUCUCUUGCUUGGAUCAAUCACAGGUGGCACAGAUCUGAUUUCCUGCUUUGCCGGCCAGAAUCCCACGGUGCCUGUGUACAGAGGGGAACUUCAAAGCCGAAACCUGGGCAUGGCUAUAGAAUGCUGGAACCAUGAAGGCAAGGCUGUGUACAAUGAGAGCGGCGAGCUCAUCUGUCUUCAGCCAUUUCCCAGCAUGCCUACGCACUUCUGGAACGACCCAGACGGAGUCAAGUACAAGAAAGCAUACUUCUGCAAAUAUCCAGGUGUUUGGGCUCAUGGUGAUUUUUGCAUGAUCAAUCCAGAGACUGGCGGUAUCAUUAUGCAAGGACGAAGUGAUGGUACUUUGAAUCCCAAUGGUGUACGAUUUGGAAGUGCAGACAUCUACAAAUUGAUCGAAGACUUUAAGGAGAUUCAAGACAGUCUGUGUGUCCCCCAGCGCAGCGCUAAUAACGAGGAGCGCGUGGUGCUGUUCCUCAAGAUGGCCGAUGAGGGAGACUUCAGCCAGGAGUUGGUGCGGAGGGUCAAGGUCGCGAUCAGGUCAGGGCUGUCGGCCAGGCACAUCCCUGAGGUCAUCCUGGAGACCAAGGAUAUCCCGUAUACUAUCAAUGGCAAGAAGGUGGAGGUUGCUGUGAAGCGCAUCAUCUCAGGAGAAGACAUCCAGCAACGUGGAGCCUUCGCUAACCCGGGCUCACUGGACCUGUACUACAACAUCCCAGAGUUACAAGGUUAUGAGGGUUCUCGCUCUCUCAAGGAACUGCCGGUCGUUAGCUCCACAUCCAGCAUGAAGGUUCACCACGACCCACCCAGCCCCAAUCUAGAAUCAUUGUCCAAGAGGCGUCAGGUUGAAAGCCCUUCCAAUAAUGGUGAUAAAAGAUAGAAUUACAGAAUUUAUUCGAAAAUGUGAACCACUCAAUGUCUAGAGAUUGUUUUUCUCACUAUCUCUAGCCAUGAUUUUGUGAAAGCCCUUCCGAUAAUGGUGUUAAAAAAUAGAAUUAAAGCUACAAUCCAUCAUUUGCAGCUGUCCAGAAAGUAACUGACGUAAUUAUUGUUGAAACACAUACUUGGGUGAAAGAUAGUAAGGGGA